AUGAUAAUCGACAUAUAUCCUGUUUGGCUGAAUCCAUCAUCUCCGCCGCUGCCUCCGCCGCCNUCCGCCGCCGGUAAAACGGUGCUGCACCUUGACCCCAAUCCAUACUACGGAGGUCACUUCGCCUCUCUCCCUCUCCACGACCUUGCCUCCUUCCUCAAUUCUGUCUCUCACCCUUUACCGCCAUCGCCACCCUCAUCUUCCGACGACGCUCUUGAUUAUGUCUGUGUUGAUCUUCAAACUAGGUCUCUGUACUCGGACGUCGAAAUCUCCUCCCGAGCACCUGUAGUUCUUCAAGAGCAUUCCAGAAAGUUCAAUGUUGAUUUGGCUGGGCCAAGGGUUUUAUUUUGUGCCGACAAGUGCAUCGACGCUGUUCUGAAAGCGGGAGUCAACCAGUAUUUGGAAUUUAAGAGCAUUGAUGCGAGCUAUUUGUGCGAUGAGAAUGGCAAUUUGGCUAACGUGCCUGGUUCUCGUGCAGCUAUAUUUAAGGAUAAGAGUCUGAGUCUGACGGAGAAGAACCAGUUGAUGAGAUUCUUCAAACUUGUUCAGCAGCACUUGGAUCCCGCUGCAGAUAAUCAAAAUUCCAAAAUCUCCAACGAGGAUUUGGAGAGUCCUUUUGUGGAGUUCUUGAAAAAAUUGCGGUUGCCCCAGAAGAUGAAGUCAAUGAUUCUGUAUGGCAUUUCAUUGGCAGAUUACGAUCAGAACGACACUGAAGUUGGCAAGAACAGAAUACUUACGAAAGAAGGAAUCGGCCGCUUAGCUCUCUACCACACUUCAAUUGGCAGGUUUCAAAAUGCACAUGGGGCCCUAUUAUAUCCUAUCUAUGGUCAAGGGGAGCUUUCUCAAGCAUUUUGUCGUCGUGCUGCAGUCAAAGGUUGUCUUUAUGUUCUGCGAAUGCCUGUGGUUGCUCUAUUAAAGGACAAGAUUAGUGAAAAUUAUAAGGGUGUUCGGCUGGCUUCUGGACAGGACAUCUUUAGUCACCAGUUGGUGCUGGAUCCAUGCUUCAUGGUUCCCCCACCGUUAACAUUCUCUCUAGAAAGUCUUCAAGGUGUUAGCUUGAGAGAUGUUAAUAGCAAGGUGGCCAGAGGAAUAUGCAUUACAAAGCAUUCCUUGGUAUUAGAUGUCAAGAAUUCUCUGUUGGUUUAUCCUCCUAGAACUCUAUUUCCCGAGCAAGUUUCAUCAGUUCGAGUUCUCCAGAUAGGUGGCAAUUUAGCAGUUUGUCCCGAGGAUAUGUUUGUCAUAUACAUCUCUACCUUAUGUGGUAAUGCUAAUCAAGGAAAAGAGACACUCCGUGCAGCUAUAGCUGCAAUCAUGUCACUCAUUGUCCGUGAACGACCUGAUGAUAUAGAUCAGAAUAUUAAUGCAGAUGAUAAAGAUUCUGCUUUACUUUGGAGCGCGCUAUACAUUCAGGAAUUAAGUAUGGGUCAAUUUGGAUCAGUGAGCUUCACUCCCAUGCCUGAUGGAAAUCUGGACUACGACAACCUUUUGAGUGCAUCGUUUGAGCUCUUUCAGAAGAUGUAUCCCCAUGAAGAAUUCUUUCCGGAGACAACCUCAGCUGCAGUUCAGGAAGACGAUGGCGAGCCUGAUUCAUAACGGCACGGCAUGAUAAUUCUAUCUAUGUAUCAUUCUUAGCAGUCAUGAGAAUUGCCUGCAGCCUCUUCUCUGAGAUUGGUCGGCAUCGGCCCUACCUCAAAUGAAUCAACAAAGUCUCUGUUGCUAAUGUUUUUGGCCUCUGCAUGAUUCAAUCAAAUACUGGAUAAUGCAAGACCAUGCCUACGACAGGGUUAUAUAAGCAAAGACAAAGCGUUCACUUAAAGAAUGCCAAAGAAUUUAGGUGGAUUUUCUAGUAUUGUGUUGUACACUUUAUGCAUGUUUUUACACUCCAUGUCACACAAAUUAAAUUAUAUGCAUUAUUCUAAAUGGGAGAAACCAUAACUUCCCUCGAGGUCUGUUUUUGAUGCACAGAUGCUGCUGCCACUGGGACGACGUUGUUGUAUUUUCAUUGAUAUUGUUGUGGUCUUGUUUAUCAGAAUGGUCACUAAAAAUAUUAGAAUCAAAGAUUUCCUCCUUGGUCAUGUGUACACGA